CCGUCUCCGCAUGCGCGACCGAGCUCCUGGGGCGGUGCUGCUCAAUCCGGGUAUCCGGCGGCCUGUAGCUGUUUUGUUUUCUUGGCUGGAACUGGGAAAGUGAGGCGGCCCGGCGCGGCGCGACACCGGGCUCUGGACCGACUGCACGCGCGGGGCUGGACUGACCUGAAAAAAAUGUCUGGAUUUCUAGAAGGCUUGAGAUGCUCAGAAUGCAUUGAUUGGGGGGAAAAGCGCAAUACUAUUGCUUCCGUUGCUGCUGGUAUCCUAUUUUUUACAGGCUGGUGGAUUAUCAUAGAUGCAGCUGUCAUUUAUCCCAGCAUGGAAGAGUUCAACCACUCCUACCAUGCCUGUGGUGUUAUAGCAACCAUAGCCUUCCUAAUGAUUAAUGCAGUAUCGAAUGGACAAGUGCGAGGUGAUAGUUACAGUGAAGGUUGCCUGGGUCAAACAGGUGCUCGCAUUUGGCUGUUCAUUGGUUUCAUGUUGGCCUUUGGCUCUCUGAUCGCAUCUAUGUGGAUUCUUUUUGGAGGGUAUGUUGCUAAAGAAAAAGCCAUAGUAUACCCUGGAAUUGCAGUAUUUUUCCAAAAUGCCUUCAUCUUUUUUGGAGGACUCGUUUUUAAGUUUGGCCGCACUGAAGACUUGUGGCAGUGAAAACAUCUGAUUUCUUACUGCAGAGAAGUCCUGCAUGGGUUUGUUUUUUUUUU